GGAUCUUAGCCGAUACUGCGAGUUGUUUAUAUAUAUGGAAUAAAGGAUUCCUUGAAACCGGCACGAUAAAUCAGGAAAAAGGUUUCAUCUGCCUUUAGCAAUGGGGCUUAAGCCUCUUGAGUUCGAAGAUUGUAUUUUGGAUAGUCCAUAUUUCCGCGAGAACAUUCACGAACAUGAACGGGAGCUGGAAAGAACGAACGAGGCCAUCAAGGGCCUCAUCAAAGAAUGCAAGACUUUGCUGAAGGCGAUCGAAAAUUUAUCCAAAGCACAACGCAGCUUUGCACAAGUGCUGAGUGACUUCAGGUUCGAGUGCAUUGGCGAAGUUGACACUGAUGAGGAGAUAAUAAUAGCUGAAUCGCUGAAAGAAUUUGCUACAAUAAUUGACAGUGUUGAGGAUGAACGAGAGAGAAUGUUAAACCAUGCAAAUUCACAGCUGAUAGUGCCACUGGAGAAUUUCAGAAAAGUGCAGAUUGGAGGAGCAAAGGAGGAAAAGAAGAAAUUUGACAAGCAAACAGAAAAAUAUUGUUUAUGUGUCCAGAACUACUUGAAUCUUUCUUCCAAGAAGAAAGAGGCCAUUCUGAUUGAGGUUUGUAAUAUGAAAAUAAUAUUACAAGAAAUAAAUGUUGAGAUACUUGAGGGGCUCAUGGCAAGUGUGACUCCAAAGACCAGGGCUGGGGGUAGUUCUUUUUUGACUUUAACACUUUCACUCCAAGAUCUCAUUUUUAAUUUAGUUAUUCCCCUUUGUAGUCUGCUAGAUGAUUUUCACAAUGUUAGUUUGGAAAACUUGGUAUUAGAUCAACUAAUAAUCCCUCAGUUGAUACGGCAUGAGGUGUUUAAUGACCAUGUCAUUUACAUGAAAGAUCUUCAGCUGAAACUUCAAAAUACAAGAGAAAGAUUUGACACAGCCAAAGAAGAAGCUGAAAGUCUCAUGAGUCGAGUUCAACAGAAAGCUGAUAGUGGUGAGCUGCACUAUCAUGGGGCUCAUACAAGGCAAGGAUACCUGACAGUGCAGAAGAAAGGAGGCCUUGGUACUACUUGGCAUAAACAUUACUGUAUGUACACCAAGGAAAACAAAAUCCUCACAAUGAUUCCCUACACACAGACUCAAGGACGACUGAAUGCUUCAACAGACACAAUUAUUGUAACCUCUUGUAUCAGAAAAAUGACAGAAUCUAUAGACAGGAGAUUUACCUUUGAAAUCACUGCUGAAGAAAGAGCACAACCUAUCUUGCUGCAAGCACAGAGUGAGGAUGAUAGAAAAUCUUGGUUGGAAGCCAUGGAUGGGAAAGAACCUUUGUAUGAGGAUUUUAAUAACCUUCCCAAGCUUAAAGAUGAGGAAACUCGUGAUCUUGAACUGACUUUUAUCACCAAGUGUAUUUCAGCAGUGGAAAAACGAGGUAUAACAGAUCAAGGUCUUUACAGAAUUGUCGGUGUGGGUUCCAAGGUUCAGAAUCUUUUGUUGCAAUGUAUUGAAAAAAAGAAGGCAAAGACCGUUGACCUUGCAGACCAGGAAUGUGAAUGGGAAGUGAAAACUAUUACCAGUGCUCUUAAACAGUACUUGAGGAACAUGCCAGAACCUUUGUUUACAUAUAGCUACCAUGAACAGUUCCUGGAAGCAGUUAAAAAAGAUACAUUUGAGAAGCGAGUCGAAGCCUUGAGGUGCCUCGUGGAUAAUUUACCAGAGGAAAACAGGAAGUUAAUCAGAAUGAUAAUGAAGCACUUGACGCAAGUUGCAGCUCAUUCCAAUAGGAACUUAAUGGCGGCAAGUAAUCUUGGAGUAGUGUUUGGUCCAACAUUGAUGAAAUCUAGAGAGGAAUCCAUGGCUGCAAUCAUGAAUUUGAAAUACCAGAGUGUUGUUAUUGAGCUGCUUAUCAAGGAGUUUAACACAAUUUUUGGGCCCGAUCCCAGUCCGGAUUCAGGGGAAGACUCAACUGAUUCGUCUCCAAAUGCAGUGGAGAACAACACAGGGAAUCCCUUCUUAGAUGAAAAGGAGAAUAAUUCUACAGCAGUCUAUGAAAAGCCUAAGCCUCUCCCCAAGAAGAGAAACAGUGAUGAGAUAAGUGCCAAAUCAAAUGAAGCCAAACCUGCUACACCUUCCAAGCCCCUACCCCUCCCCACUAAAGGCUACCGUGCCCCACCCCCUCCAAGCAAACCAGCUCCGUAUUCGAGGCCGAAAGUCAAAGCCAUUGUCGUGGCAGAUUCCGAGGACGAUCCCAGCAGUUUGUCUGAUUCGUCAAGUGCAAAUUCAACCCCUCAGAGCGAAGGGAAAGGGCCGCUAUCGCCGAGGGAUUUUUGGAGAGAAAAGACUGCAAAUAAACCAGUACCUCCUCCGAAGAAACCUGAAGUAAUCGCUGAGUUUAAGAACAGAGUUGAAGGCUUUUCAAGACCUUUUUCUAUGAUCGAUCCCAUGAAUGACAAGGAAAAGGAGAAGUUUCCUGGUAUUCGCCGUGUUAGCAGCCAAGGGGGAAGCCUUAACAGGGGGAUGCAGUCUUGGGGGACGGGGCCUCCCCCUCUCCCUAAGGAACCCCCGCCAAAGGAUGAACCGAAGCCAACUCCAGCUACCAAAACACCAAAGAAAGUCAGGACAUUGUAUCCCUGUGUAGCGGAAAACAGUUCGGAGCUUUCGUUCGAUGCUGGUACGCUUAUUUUAAAUGUGCGCCCCUCAAAAGAACCUGGCUGGCUUGAGGGAACCCUGAACGGAAGGACAGGUCUUGUUCCAGAAAAUUACGUCGAAACUAUCACAUAACUGGCUUUUUAACAUAUCAGAGAUUUAGGAUAUUUUAAUUGGUAAUCAAGGAAAGAGAAUUUCUUCCAAAAAAAUCGUUUGCGGCAUUAAAUUUAAUUAUCAAUUUCUACUUCAACGCCAACUGAAAUGGAAGAGAUAUUCGUUAGAAUGAGAUAGCCAUGCAGAGUUCAAAGAUAUCUUGAGUAGCCAGACAGACGGAAGGCGUGGAAAAUUUGUCGUCAAUUUUUUGACACGGAAGUGGAUAUGCAAGUGUUUGUAGCGUGAAAAGUCACGUGCACAGCGCGGCCCGAUUGGUUACAGAGUACUCCACGUGAACGAAGUAAGAUCGGUGAAAUCUUCCCUUCUCCCAUGGAGAGGCAAACGAGCUCAAAGAAUUAUGAGGAUUGUUGUUGCUGGAAUGCUGAAACCGCGAUUGGUUAAUAUUUUAGACAACGGAUUAUUAAGAAAACGAUUUGCGAAUCUACUCACUAUUUUUUGUCAACCAUUUUUUUACGUUGCUGGUCAACUGAUUUUUGUUUGAGUCUAGACUAGGUUUUCGACAGCUAGAAUGCCGAAACUCCAGCAGUGUGCUCUGCAGGACGCAGGAACAUCCCUCCACCUUAACUUUCAUCUCGAAAGUUGAGACAUAACGCGCACUUGCAACGGCACGCACUGUGUAUUGUUUGUCAUCAUGUCUUUUUUUUUUUCUAUAAAUUCGAAAAGUCAUUUUUAAAAUAGAAGUAAAUAGAUAAGCGUUCGGAAGGGGUGAUGCAAGAUGUCCGUCAUAAGAAGAGAAUUGUUAAACUUUGCUUAAUUGAGGUUAUCUGAGGUGAAAUUUUAUGCACGUAAUUUCAGCCUCUGAACUUAACAUGAUAUUCUUGAAUUCUU